UGGACUCUGCACCAGCAAUCAUUUGGACUACGUAGGUGUCUUAUAAAUGGCUCCGAAGAGGAAAACAUCAGCAGGAAAGAAACAUCGGAAACAGGGUGAUCGGGUCGUCGAAGGCUUCGAACGUCUGAUCAAGAAGUUUGAUCCAACAGCCGCGGGUAAUAUUCUCCGAAGUCAUGUUCAUGAACCUUUCCAGAUCGACCAAUCCGAAGUAAAACGAGAUCUCUUGCACGAUCUACGCUCGAAUCUUCUACCGCAACUCGGAGGCCAAAUAAUAAAUCUCUUGCUACUGCUAGACCCCAAUCGCUUACGGGAAGAUCCAGGCGGACAUCUCAAGCUUAUCUUGGGCAUCCAAUCAGAGCUUGACCAAACUUUAAGCCGAAUCGAAUCCGCAACUUUCUCGUACCCUCAUGCAACAGAACCACUAUCCGACUCGAUCGAAUUCAAGGACCAAGAUCUCAAAGAAAUCAAAUGGUUUCGACUAGACGGCCUGUACUGGCGGAUCAACGGAGAAUUUCUGGUAGUAGUCACCCGUAUCUUCCUCGAAUCCAAUGAGCUCCUUCAACAAAUGAAACUCUCAACAACCGAGUUUCACGACCAACCGGACAUAGAUUACACCAGAGAACAAAUCGUCUACUACGCGUCUUCAUCCUUGGAAGGAAUCGAGUUGGCAAUCGAAUGGUUAGAUGGAUCUGAGUUUGAUCUUGUGCAAAUAGAUUGGCCCAGCGAGAACGACGGAUUCAGUGAGAACAUGGAUGAUCUCUUGAGCCUGACCAAUCGAACGUCGCACUUAGAGCAAGGCAUCAUAACAGGCGGGAGCGCACCGGGAGAUGAUCCAGCGAUCAAGCUGUCGAAAUCGCUCUUACCGGUCUUCAAACUAUGCCGACUCCUGUUCAAAAAACUAUCGAAACGAGGCUUGAACAAAGAACAUCUCCCACUGUUCACAAAGGCGUCUUCGGUCGAGCUGGAACAUGUAGCUGAUAUGGGUAGCGUCGUCAGCUAUGGUCUCCGGAACUUCUUGGGCGUGUUGGAAUCGGUCGAUAGAUCUCGCAACAGAUUGGCCCAUCCUGAUUGCGCUAUCAUGGCCGCCAAAAUCCAAGAUCACGUGGAAAUAGAUGUAUCCCUGAUAACCCAUUAUUUCGUUCCUCUGAUCCCGGACACCGACCCUCUUCCGAUUCAAAACCAUUACAAGGAUUGGCUUGCUACCUGGACCUCUCAGUUCCGUUUGGCCAUCCGGAACUUUCUAAAUGCCGCGUUAUCAUUCGAUGAAGGUACCUUAUAGUAUCUGUGUUUGUAUUGUCUCUCUAGUCUUUCUUUUCUCGUUCUCAGCUUUCUAUUUUAAAUUUUGUUGAACCCUGUGCAGUGCAUUAUCUGAAGGUAUUUGAGCCUUUUUACGAACAUUGUUGUUUUCAAUCUCAAUUGCUUUCUCCUGUCUACAUAGCAAAGUCAAUGUAUCUUUUAGUUGCUUGGAAGAUUUCAUUUUUUAAGACCUGGGUCCCCAGGGAGCCAUUGUUAGGCACACUUAAAAAAUA